AUGCCGCUGUCGCCGCCAGCUCAGGGGGACCCUGGGGAGUCCAGCCCGUCCAGGGCCCCCAAGAAGCACACCACCUUCCACAUCUGGCGCUCCAAAAAGAAGCCGCAGCCUCCGCCGUUUGACUGUGGGGUGUUCAUUCCGCACCCGCCCCCGGCGCCCGUCGGCGAGGCCAGAGCUUUGGAGGCACUGGAUGGAAGCCAGGCAUUUACAUUGCGCUGUGGGGAAUCCCAGUUCUUUCACACCACCAGUGAGGUGCCUGGUCCUUCACCUGCAGAGUCUGGAAUGUUUAAAAAGUCCCGAGCACAACCACCAGAAGAAAACAGAAGGAAGCCAGUUUUGGGGAAACUUGGCACUCUCUUCACGGCAGGCAGGAGAAGGAGCAGCAGAAACGGGUUGGACAGUCCCACCAGCUCAAGUGCCAAAUCAGUGUCUCCCAAAGAUGCAACCUCUUCUGAACUCCCUGAAAGAGAGUGUGAGAAGAGUAGAUCUCAGAGCAGCCAGCUAAAGCAAACCGACACGAGCCAGGAGGGCUCCCCCCAAGAGAAGCCGCAGGAGGCAGAGGGCGAGCACGCCGAGAACUGUGUCCAGGCAGCCCCUCCUGACGCCGAGCCGUCGUCACCUUGCUCGAGCGGCAGUGCAGCGGCUGUGCAGCAGUGCCAUGAUAGUCAUUCAACCCAAUUAGAACCUCUGGAGGCUGAGGGAGUGACUUUCCCAGAUGCCACCACCACUGCCAAGCAGCUGCAUUCCUCGCCAGGUAAUUCCUCCAGGCAAGAGAACGCAGAGACGCCCGCCCACAGUCCAGGGGAGGACACUUCGCCAGGCGCUGGCCGCGAACAGGAGACAACCCGGGGUGUGAGGGCUGUGCCAGGGUCGCCCACCGGGGAGAGACCCUCGGGAGGACUAGGCGAGGUCCCUGACGGAACUCCCCGCGCAUGUGCCCAAGAAGGCUCUCUGGGGCCCCUAGAGGCGCGCAGCCAGCCCCCCGAGGACGUGUCUGCCCCGCCAGGUGACUGUCCCGCUGAGGGCGCCGAGAACAGGGCCCGCUCGGGGCAGGCCAGCGGCACAGCCCGGCCGGGAGGGCGCGCCCAUCCCUCCAAAGUGUUAACCUUGGACAUCUACUUGAGCAAGACUGAGGGGGCGCAGGUGGACGAGCCGGUAGUGAUCACCCCCGGGGCAGAAGAUUGCGGCGAUUGGGACGGCAUGGAGAAGAGGUCGAGCGGUCGCAGGUCGGGGAGGAGGAGGAAGUCGCAGAAAUCCACCGACUCCCCUGGCGCAGACGCCGCGAUGCCGGAGAGCGCGGCGAAGGACGACAUGGUGUUCAACUAUGAGGUGGCGCCAAACGCUGCUACCGAGAACGUCUCGGCGGAAAAGAAAGUGAAAUCUCCGCGCGCGGCCCCCGACGGGGGCGUUGCCUCCGCUGCGAGCCCGGAGGCCAAGCCCAGUCCGGGCCCUGGGCCCAAAGGGCAACUCCGAGGGGAAUCGGAGCGGAGCAAACAGCCGCUCCCGGCCUCGUCCCCCACCAAGAGGAAGGGCAGGAGCCGCGCCCCCGAGGCCGUGCCCACGCCGCCCGCCAGCGGCCCGCGGGCUCCCCCCAAGGAGUCCCCACCCAAGCGGGCGCCCGCGCCAGACCCCGGUCCGGCUGCCAAGGGCGCGGCUCCCGAGAGCGGGGAGGAGGCGGCCCGGGUCAUCCCCCGCGAGCUCACGGUCAAGAGCAGCUCGCUGCUGCCAGAGAUCAAGCCCGAGCAAAAGAAGGGCCCGCUCCCCAAUCACUUCGACGGCCGGGGAGAGGGAAGCCGAAGCAGGGAACUGGGCAGAUCGGCCGGAGCUUCUGACGCCGACGGCUUGAAGCCCAGGAACCAUUUCGGUGCGGGCAGGUCGACUGUGACCACUAAAGUGACCCUCCCUGCCAAGCCUAAACACGUGGAACUAAAUCUUAAAACCCCUAAGAAUCUUGACAGUUUGGGAAAUGAGCAUAAUUCAUUUAGCCAGCCAGUUCAUAAAGGAAAUACUGCCACCAAAAUCUCCUUAUUUGAAAACAAACGGGCAAACAGUAGCUCAAGACACGCUGACAUUCGAGGCACAAGGAACACUCCUGCCUCUAAUAAAACAUUUGUUGGAAGGGCGAAGCUGAAUUUAGCCAAAAAAGCCAAGGAAAUGGAGCAACCCGAAAAGAAAGUAAUGGCUAACAGUCACCAGAAUGGUGUGCUGGUGGAGGAAACCUCUGCUGAAACCCAAGUGUCUCUCCCUGAAGAGAUUCUACCAGCAACCAGAGGAAUGGAAGGAGAGCCUGCCAAGAAUCAAACUCUGGGUCCUCAGCUUAACCAAGGAGAUAAAGCAGAUAUGCAGGCAGAUGCUGGCUGCCCUUCAGAACAAGUGGCUACUGCUCUGAUUCCUGUCAAGGACCAUAAGCUCUUAGGAGAAGAUGACUCAAAGACUGCUGACAGCAAAAGACUUGUACUUGAAAAUACGACUGAUACAGCACAAGACAUCUCCACUGUUGUUGAUACCAAAGAUUUACCUCCAACAGCCAUACCAAAGCCACAGGAUAAAUUUUCUGACUCACAGCCCCCAGCUGAGUCAUCCAGUGGGCCUUCUCUUUCACUGCCUGCACCCAUUCCUGAGGAUGUUCCCAAAGAAGCAUGUGUUCAGGCUCCCAUCAGUUUUCCAUGCACUGAUCUAAAAGUGUCAGAACACCAUAAUGGAUAUAUUUUGCCUGUGUCUCAUCAGAAUAAUGAGAAAAUGCCACUCUGCAAACUUGGAGGAGCAGAAGCGAACCCUCCUUUGUCCACAGAGCACAGCUCAGAAGCUGUGGGAAAUGAGUGUCCAUCCAAGGUCCUUGUCCAGGUCAGGUCCUUCGUGCUCCCCAUGGAGAAUACCCAGGAUGUUAGUUCCCAGAUCAUCUCAGAUAGCUCUGAAGUUAGAGAAGUGCAGUUGCCAAGUUGUCACAAUGAUGAACUUGAAGUGGUUUCCGUUGCAAGUUGUGCUCCCCGGCAAGAGGAAGUGCUGGGCAAUGAGAGCACAUCACCCAAGCAAACUCAUUUCAAAGAGGAACAUGUGGCAGAAUCUGGCCCACAGGUCAUGCCGCCAGAAUCAGAGAGAGCGCUGCCUAUCCAGGCUCAAAGUCAGGACAACCGAACACACCCAACAGCUGAAUCCAGCCCCUCCAACUCUCCCAGCAGCAGAAAUCGUUUAGAAACUCCUCAAAGGCCCGAUCAAAGUGUUGUGAAUGGCCAGGAUACUCCUGCUAGUCUUUUGAACAUCUCUGCUGGUAGUGAUGAUAGUGUAUUUGACUCUUCUUCUGAUAUGGAAAAAUUCACUGAAACUAUAAAAAAGAUGGACAGCACAAUUUGUGUGCCCCAGAAGAAAAAGAAGGCCAGGGUGCCAAACUCUCCUGCCCCUCACUUUGCCAUGCCUCCUAUUCACGAAGACAAUUUAGAAAAGGUGUUUGAUCCCAGCGUGUUUACCUUUGGUUUGGGGAAGAAGAAGGAAAACCAGCCAGAAAUGUCACCAGUUUUACAUUUAAUGCAGAACCUUGACACAAAAUCCAGACUGAGACCCAAACGUGCAUCCACUGAGCACAGUGUCCUCUUCAAGUCCCUGCACACUAACAUGAAUGGGAAAGAUGAACCUGUGGUGACUCCAGAAAUAAAUGACAAAGAGAACAGGGACGUUACAGAUGGUGGAGUUAAGAGAUCGAGGCUAGAAAAAAGUGCACUUUUCUCAAGUAUCUUAUCUUCUUUACCACAAGACAAAAUCUUUUCUCCUUCUGUGACAUCAAUCAAUACUAUGACCACAUCUUUUAGCAUUUCUCAAAACGGUUCUCUAUCUCGGUCUUCAGUGUUACAGCCCAUGACUGAGGGUGCCCCGCCCUGUGAUUCAGACAAAGAACAGCCAAACCUUCCACCCGACAACUCCUUAAAGGUCUUCAAUUUCAGCUCGUCAAAUACAUCUAAUUCGGGUUUGAAAAGUCCCAGCCACAUGGAAAAACACCUGCAAAAAGAGGAAACCAAAGAAGAUCUGGAUUCACAAAGCAACCUACAUUUGCCAGAAACUAAAUUCUCUGAAUUUUCAAAACCGAAGAACAGUGAUGAUAUGGAAAAGACUAAUCAUAUUGAAAGUGUUCUUAAAUCAAACUUGCCAAACUAUGGAAACAGUGACACCGACUUCAUGGGUCUUUUCAAAUCAAGCCGCUAUGAGCCAAGCAUUUCUUUUUCUGGAAUGUCAUUAUCAGAUACAAUGACGCUUAGAGGAAGUGUUCACAAUAAACUCAAUCCCCGGCCUGGAAAGGUAGUGAUAUAUCGAGAACCCGAUGUCUCUGAGGAGUGCAUUGAAGUUUUCGGUGACAUCCAGGAUUGCAGUGCUUGGACCCUGUCUCCAGUGAUACUCCUGAGAAUUGUCAGAGGAUGUUGGAUUUUGUAUGAAAAACCAAAUUUUGAAGGGCACUCCAUACCCUUGGAAGAAGGAGAAUUGGAACUCAGUGGUCUCUGGGGUAUAGAAGAUAUUUUGGAAAGAAAUGAAGCAGAGUCUGAUAAGCCUGUGGUGAUUGGUUCAAUAAGACAUGUGGUCCAGGAUUACAGAAUUAGUCAAAUUGACUUAUUUACUGAACCAGAAGGCUUAGGACUCCUAACUUCCUACUUUGAUGAUACUGAAGAAAUGCAGGGAUUUGGUGUAAUGCAGAAGACUUGUUCCAUUCAAGUACACUGGGGCACAUGGCUGAUUUAUGAAGAACCUGGAUUUCAGGGUGUCCCUUUCAUCCUGGAACCUGGUGAAUACCCUGACUUAUCCUUCUGGGAUACAGAAGCAGCAUACAUUGGAUCCAUGCGGCCUCUGAAAAUGGGUGGUCGUAAAGUUGAAUUUCCUACAGACCCAAAGGUUGUUAUUUAUGAAAAGCCUUUCUUUGAAGGAAAAUGUAUGGAACUAGAAACAGAGACGUGUAGUUUUCUCAUGGAAGGAGGUGAAACAGAAGAAACAACUGGAGACGAUCAUUUGUCAUUGACAUCAGUAGGGUCUAUGAAAGUUCUAAGAGGCAUUUGGGUUGCUUAUGAAAAGCCUGGAUAUACAGGCCAUCAGUAUUUGCUAGAAGAAGGAGAAUACAAGGACUGGAAAGAUUGGGGAGGUUACAAUGGCGAACUUCAGUCUUUACGACCUAUAUUAGGUGAUUUUUCAAAUGCUCACAUGAUAAUGUACAGUGAAAAAAACUUUGGAUCCAAAGGUUCCAGUAUUGAUGUAUUAGGAAUUGUUGCUAAUUUAAAGGAAACUGGAUAUGGAGUGAAGACACAGUCUAUCAACGUACUGAGUGGAGUGUGGGUAGCCUAUGAAAAUCCCGACUUCACAGGAGAACAGUAUAUACUGGAUAAAGGCCUUUAUACCAGUUUUGAGGACUGGGGAGGCAAAAAUUGUAAGAUCUCUUCUGUUCAACCCAUAUGUUUGGAUUCUUUUACUGGCCCAAGAAGACGAUAUCAGAUUCACUUGUUUUCAGAACCACAGUUUCAAGGUCACAGUCAAAGUUUUGAAGAAACAACUAGUCAAAUUGAUGAUUCAUUUUCUACCAAGUCUUGCAGAGUUUUAGGGGGCAGCUGGGUUGCAUAUGAUGGAGAAAAUUUCUCUGGUAAUCAGUACGUGUUGGAGGAAGGCCACUAUCCUUGUCUGUCCGCAAUGGGAUGCCUGCCUGGAACAACUUUCAAGUCUCUUCGUUUUAUAGAUGUUGAAUUUUCUGAACCAACAAUUAUUCUUUUUGAAAGAGAAGACUUCAAAGGAAAAAAAAUUGAGCUUAACACAGAAACAGUUAAUCUCCGAUCCCUGGGAUUCAACACACAAAUACGCUCUGUUCAGGUUAUUGGUGGCAUAUGGGUUACUUAUGAAUAUGGCAAUUACAGAGGUCGGCAGUUCCUACUGUCACCAGCAGAAGUAUCUAAUUGGUAUGAAUUCAGUGGCUGUCACCAAAUAGGUUCUCUACGACCUUUUGUUCAGAAGCGAAUUUAUUUCAGACUUCGAAACAAAGCAACAGGGUUAUUCAUGUCAACCAAUGGGAACUUAGAGGAUUUGAAACUUCUUAGAAUACAGGUCAUGGAGGAUGUUGGUGCUGAUGAUCAGAUCUGGAUUUAUCAGGAAGGAUGCAUCAAAUGCAGGAUAGCAGAAGACUGCUGCCUGACAAUUGUGGGAAGCCUAGUAACAUCUGGCUCUAAACUAGGCCUGGCUCUUGACCAGAAUGUGGACAGUCAGUUCUGGAGCAUGAAGUCGGAUGGCAGGAUCUAUAGCAAGUUGAAGCCAAAUUUAGUUUUAGAUAUCAAAGGGGGUGUACAGUACGAUCAAAAUCACAUUAUCCUCAACACUGUCAGCAAAGAGAAGUUAACACAAGUGUGGGAAGCCAUGGUCCUAUAAGCAUGAACAAAGAAUCUUUCUGGAUGUCCCUCCAGCCAUCUUUCUUAAAAAAAAAAAAAAAA